CUUUUGUUUGGAGGAGAGGUCCGAAGUUCGUGGGCCAGAUAAGUAAGCCUAUAUUGCAGCGAAAAGAAAGAGAAGUGAAAAAAAGGGAGGUUAAUUAGAUUUGAGCAGCGGGAAAAGUAACCCUCAGUUCUGUUCAGUACUGUACUUAGGGUUGAAAAAUGUCUCGCAACAACGACGAAAGAGAAGAAGAAGCGUUUCGUCGCGUGAAGAUAGAACGCCUCAAUGCCAAUGAUAACGCACCGGAAGACCACCAAGAUUCUUCCAGCCGCAGAAUCAUCCGCUCCGAGUUUCUCAAACUCAAGUCUCUCAUCAACGAGAAAAAGGAUGAUUUGAUGAACACUGAUUCUGACAAGUUCGAUUCAAUCCUUCAUGAGUUUGACAAAUUACAUGACAAAGUCAAAAGACCUCGAGAGCAGGUUGCUGACGCUGAAGCACUUCUCGAUCUAACACACAAUUUGCUUGGAUCCGUUAAAUCUCUUGUCAACGAAGGUGUUACUCCUUCUCAGUUUGUUUCAUCUCUUCUCAAACAUUAUGCUCACCCACCCAACACUUCAAUUCACUGGCAAAAACUUGGCAUUGCUGUUUCCCCUAUUUUCCUCACGGUUCAUGCUCCAUCUACCAUGCUCGGCCCCAUGGAAAACCAGUUGAAACAGCGCAAAGCGAUCAUGCCUAGAAAGCGAGCUCCCCGUGCAACUACAACUGCUAGGCCUGAACAGCUGGAUGAUGCUGUUGGAGGCGAGAAAACUGAUACUGACAAAAACAUGUCUAUCAUGUUUAACAUAUUAAGGGAAAAGAAAAGGGUCCAACUUGAACACCUGAUUUUGAACAGAUUUUCAUUUGCUCAGACAGUGGAAAACUUGUUUGCCCUCUCAUUUUUAGUGAAAGAUGGCCGUGCUGAGAUCAUUAUGGAUAAAAACCGUGUGCACUAUGUUGCACCCAAAAAUGCUCCGGCUGCCAACUCUGUAAUGUCAAAAGAAGUUUCUUACACUCAUUUUGUCUUCAGAUAUGAUUUCAAUGACUGGAAGAUAAUGAAGGAUGUUGUGGCUGAGGGUGAAGAGUUAAUGCCACAUAGGAUUCAAUACAGCAACAUGGUUAACUCACCGGCAGAAACAAGCGGUGACAAUUCACAACAAGCUGCAGCUGUGACUCCGAUUAGAAAGAUAUCCAGAAAUCGGGGGCGGGUUCUGCAGGAAGAAGUUGUUGUGGAAGAAUCGCCCGAGUGCAGUGAUGAACACUUUUCUAGAGCUGCUGCAAUACGAAGGUGUAAGCGUAAACUUCCUUAAGAAGUUUCAUAUUAGGUACUGAAUCAACUUAGAAUGUCCCUUAUUAAGUUUUUUAAUGUAGAGAGGAUGUAAAUAAAUGUAGAUCUGUAGAAGUACAAUGCCUUUGAAAGGCUGGCUUUGUUAUGCAAGUGCUUAUAAUGCACCUUACAUUCCCUCUUUUGGGUUUUUGGAAUGUCAAUUCUUGUGCCAUUUCUUUUAAGUACAGUCUGUUGAAAUGUGUAAACAGGUUAAGCGAUUGGUGAUUGCCUUGUGAAUAUGGUGUCUUUUUUUGUUGGUCAAA